GGCCUCUACCGCCUGUACCUGCGGUGCCAGGCGGCGCCGCUCCCCCGCGCCUGCCACGGAUGGCAAGCUUCAAUGAAAAGUGGGAGUCUGUCUUACAUUCUACCAUACAAUCGUCUGCCUGUGCAGCUGAUAAGUCAAGUGAGAGUUUAUACCUCCAAUGGUCAGAAAAAAGAUCCUGGGUCAGAAGACAAAAAUGGAUCAGCCCCUCAAGAAACCCUGAAUAAAGCUGGAACAGGACAAGAUGCGAGCAAUGCAGGACAAAAGCAGUCUUUAGUUAAAGAGCCAAUCCAAGUAAAAGUGAAAGCAGUCCUUAAAAAAAGAGAGUAUGGACCAAAAUACACACAGAAUAACUUCAUCACUGGAGUCAGAGCAAUAAAUGAGUUUUGUCUUAAAUCCAGUGAUUUAGACCAGCUGAGGAAAAUUAAACGACGGAGCCCCCAUGAUGACACUGAGACUUUUACUGUGUACCUGAGGUCGGAUGUCGAGGCAAAGUCACUUGAAGUUUGGGGUAGUCCAGAGGCUCUUGCUAGAGAAAGAAAACGACGUAAAGAGGCGGAGAUCAAGUACAGAGAAAACCUAUUUAGAAACCAAAGGCUGUUGUGGGAAUACAAGGAGUUCUUUGGAAAUACUAAGCCACGCUCCAGUGCAGCAGCUAUGUUUUUCAAGGGACCAGGGAAGGUGGUAAUGGUAGCUAUUUGCAUAAAUGGGUUGAAUUUUUUCUUUAAGCUACUUGCUUGGGUUUACACGGGUUCUGCAAGUAUGUUUUCAGAAGCCAUACAUUCUCUAGCAGACACAUGCAAUCAGGCAUUGCUAGCUUUGGGCAUCAGUCAGUCUGCAAGGACGCCUGACCCUAGUCAUCCGUAUGGUUUCACAAACAUGCGCUAUAUUGCCUCCCUGAUCAGUGGGGUGGGCAUUUUCAUGAUGGGUGCAGGACUUUCUUGGUAUCAUGGGAUCAUAGGUUUACUCCACCCUCAUCCUAUAGAAUCUCUUCUUUGGGCAUACUGCAUUUUAGCAGGCUCAUUGGUAUCUGAAGGAGCUACCCUACUUGUUGCUAUAAAUGAAAUUCGCAGGAGUGCUCAAGCCAAGGGUCUGUCAUUUUAUCAAUAUGUCGUGCAGAGUCGUGAUCCUAGUACAAACGUGGUCUUACUGGAGGAUGCUGCAGCUGUUCUGAGUGUGGCCGUAGCUGCUACCUGUAUGGGUCUGACUUCUCUAACAGGAAACCCUUAUUACGACAGUGUGGGGUCUCUAGGUGUUGGAACUUUGUUAGGAACUGUGUCAGCAUUUCUAAUCUACACCAACACUGAAGCCCUGCUGGGACGAUCCAUUCAACCUGAACAACUGCAGCGACUCACUGAGUUACUGGAAAGUGAUCCUGUGGUAAGAGCAAUUCAUGAUGUUAAAGCCACAGACAUGGGAAUGAGCAAAGUGAGAUUCAAGGCAGAAGUAGACUUUGAUGGACGGGUUGUUACUCGUUCUUACCUGGAAAAACAAGACAUUGAACUGCUGCUACAAGAAAUACAACAGGUGAAAAACCUUGAAGAAUUAGAAGCCUUCAUGCUUAAGCAUGGGGAGAAUAUCAUUGACACACUGGGAGCUGAAGUAGACAGACUUGAGAAGGACCUAAAGCAACGAAAUCCUGAUGUUCGUCAUGUGGAUUUGGAGAUACUAUAGACUUGACAGAAGAAAUCUUCAGGUUGCUACUAUUUUGGAAAGAAGUCGUGUAAAGGGCUGAAGAGCUUGUGGAAUUGCAGUGACCUCAGCACCAUACCUCCCUUACUUUUGCUGUAGGUUUCCUGGACUGUGAGCGCUGCUUCUGUUUCUGGAAGAGUGCUAGACAUGCAGACAAAAAUUUCCAUGGCAAAAUCACUUUUAAACAGCUACUUGACUUAAAAUGCACAGCAGAGUCUGUCAGAGUAUAUUUACUGCAAUUCAGAACUUAAGACCUGAGGUUUAGUUAGGCAAAUAUAGCUGCCUGAAAAUAUACAACACACUUCGUUUUUCCAUUUGGUCCCUUUGCAGUCAGUUUGCACUUCUUUAGUUUCUUUCAAGAUAUCAUUAAAGGUUCUUGGGAGAUAUUAAGAUUAGCUAGGAAGAGUUUGUUCCAGUGGAACCUGCCAACCUUAAACUAAUUGUAAUAUUUCAGCUGUGUGAUUGUUUCACAGUUUUCCUUUUCUUUACUAUGAGAUGAAUUCUUUCAAACAGGCGCUGGCCUUCUCUCAAAUACCAUGACCUGGAAACCUUCUUUUUGCCACUGUUGUGAUUACCAACUGCACUUCAGAAAAAUAAGGUUUUUGUCCUCAGUGGAGUCAGCUGUACAUGGGUAGCCAGAGCAUGUCAAGUUACUGUGAAGAAAUUAACGUGUAGAGAUUUCAGUGAACUUCCUCUGGUUAAAUUUUGUUCUUUUUUCCCGUCUUUGACCCUUGUUCUCUUAUUUCUGAGUAUCUUCAGAUGUAAUCUGGGAGAUAUUUAUGGUAGUGCUUAUUAAAAGUUACCUGGGGUUUUGGCUUUUUACACUUUUAAUAGGCUGUAUUGCCCGAUAUGGUCUUUGCUAGAAGGUGUAAGAGAUGUCGUUGGAAGUUACAAUACUAAAAAUUGUAUUAGAACUAUUUAUAAUUAAACAAAUGAAUACAUUGUAUUUUUAAUUUAUUUACCUCCAGACAUUAUCUGAAUUCUAAGGCGCUUAGUUUGUGGUUUUUUUUUUUUAAGAAUUGACCUUGCUUGUUUGGGAAAGUAAAGUAAUUCUAUCGGUGUUCCUCAAUAAUCCUGAGAUAAGUGCUUAGAGUUUAUAACUUUGAAAUGUGCAAUUGUACCACUGUAUAUAAUCAGCCUCGAGGCUUUCUGCAAUAGACACCCAAGUUGUAUCAGAUUCUUUGAGACCCAGCCUUUAUUAAUAAGGCCAUGAGUACUGAUCCAUACAAGUUAAAAUACAAGUGAAAUAACUGCAUAUAAAGAACUCUGAGGAAAAUGCACUUUAACAUAUUUCAGUACAAUGAGAAUUGCUCAUGGGUGAGAGGUGAUAAUGAGAUCCUCCAUGACUCAGUUGCUGAGUAAUGACUGACUUGCUGAAAGAAGAAAUGUUGAUGUGAAACACAAGUCUUCAAAAAUCAAUUUAAGAUUAAAUUGUAAGCAUUGCAGCAAAUAAUUGUGGAGACCAAUAUGUCCAGAUUUGACUAAAAGCUUUUUAGAAUGUUUUUUUUUGUAGUAAGUGUCACUUUCCAGUGAAUUAUGAGAAUUUAAAAUAGCAUGCCUUUUUACAACUGCAAAGCACUUUGCAUUCUGUUUAUUUUAAGUAGAAAAACAUUCCAGAGUUUAGUUACAGACAGGACAGUAAUUGUGGGAGAAGGGAUCUCUUUAGUGCUCUUGUCCAUAAUCCCUUUUCACUGGUGGCUUCUUUAUAGCAUAUUAGUUUAUUAUGGCUAAUCUGCAAGAAGGCUUACGUUAUCUGGGUUUCUCCUGUUGUAGAACUAGUUAGUAUAUUUAAGCCUGAUGAUUUGAAAUGCAGUUUAAAAGUAAUUUGGAAGUGUAUGUACCAAGUAAAUAAGGCAUAUCUUAGCACAUUAUAAGUUAUGUACCUUUCUCCUUACCCUUCCAUGUAAACUUCAUCUCAUCUCAGUACGCACUCUGCUCAUGUUAGUCUUAUUCAUGAAGAGCACUGGAACCUGAUAAUGCAUAAGCUCUUUCCUUCUUCCUAAAAUAUUUAUAUGGAUUUUGAAUUUGAAUAGACACUUCAAUAAACCCUUUAUUCCAGAAAUCUAAAAAACCUGAAAAGAAGUAAAAUUGGGAAAAUGCUCUUACUGGGGAGGUUAGUGGAGAGGGCCAAUGUGGCACAAGCGGUCUGUGUGCUGGAGGUACUGAAGCAUGAGUAGUGUUAGCGUGCACUUUGCAGGGUGGAAGUUUCACUGAGAGGUUGGUAAACGUUAUCUCAAUACCAAAGUGUUCCCCUAUCUUGUUUAAGAGGAGGCACGAGUUUAUAUUCUUACAGGACACCUGCUCCAAGAGUCUAUAAAAAUGUUUUCUUAUUCAUCAGAGAUGUAAUUCUUAUGAAUUCUGGGCUUAAUUUCCUUACGUGAGUCAGAAGUGUACCCAUCCACGUAUAUUUUGUUGGUAUUUCAAGAUAAAAUUCAGAUCCUUGUUUCCCAGGUACAUUAUUUAUUAUAGCAUCACAAUAUGUUCAAUUUAAGAAGCCAGAACUUGAAUAUUUUGGGGUCCAUAACAGUUGCAUAGUUUGAGGACCCAGUUCCAUUUUUACAAACGACCUGGAUGGUGAUAACUGCAGGAGGGCCGGCAGACUGGGGUGCUUUGGAAGUUUACGUGUUUUGCAGUUGGAUGACAAUACUGAUUCAUUGAGCCUGUCAGGUUGGAAGGGAAAAGUAAUUCCAAGCUGUUACAUUUUAUUAUAUAUAUUAUAAUUUGCAGAUUCUUUUUAACAAUUUUGACAUUUUCACUGCUUUUUUUUUUCUCUAAACUGUCUUGGUGGUCUAAAAUUUGAGGUGAUGUGGGUCCACUAGUUAAUUUACUUUUGUUUAGUGGUUUUGGGGAAAAUGUUUAGCUAAUGCAUUUACAUGAUUUCUGGAAUUACAUGAUAGAAUCCUCAGAAUUAAAGAAAGCUUAUAAAGUGUGGAGGAGUGGAUUUUUUCUUUAUUAAAAAUGCAAUUACAUAAUGUUUCUUUCUUUUAGAUUGAUUUUAAGGAAAAGAAUUUUUAAGGAAAAUGAGGAUUUAGCUAACAAUAAGGUUAUAUUCUAGGAUUUUUUUCAAUUAAGGUGUGUUCUUUUAAAAUAACUUAUUUUUGUAGACUGGCCUUGCAGGUUCUAUUUUUUCAAAUUGUAUUUGAAGUCCUACUGCCCUCUGCUUUGUGAAAGAUCGCUUGUGUGUUGCUCAGUGUCUCAAUUCAGUAAAACUUGCAAUGGUUGAAAACAUUGUCUUAGUGUUCCAAUGUGCUGAGUGAUAUGUAUUUUAAGUGAAAGUUGGCUGGACACUAAUAAUGCAUGUUUUCCUGGAGAAUUUGUUUUGCUAUAAAAGAUAAAAUUCUGGAGUGAUUAUCUUUCCCCAAUGAAUCAAUUUCAAGUCUAAAUUGCCUCCUUUAUACGCCAUGGAAUUCAGUAUUUGAUGUGGUCCCCCUCGACCCCUCCACUUUCUGAAGCAUUGAUUAAGUGUAUUGGAGUAGUAAACACUUCAGAGGAUUUCUGUAUUACAGAGACUCUUUACUGUGUGCUCUGGUCUGGAAGUAGCAGGGACCUGGGGAACAGGAGAACAUAGUUUUUCAGGACAUAUUGCAUUCUUUAUCCUCUGACUCAUACUCAAGCUGAAGGUUUUGUAGCCUCUGCUUUUCUCCUUCCUUGGAUUCCCACACAGAUUUUAUUAUUUUUUAAAUUACUGCUAUAGGAGGAAGCCAUUAUAAGCAUCCUAAGUUUUUAAUAGCAGGGCUAGAUGCUACUCUUGGUCUCCGGAUUUCUUGUUCAGUGAUAGCUGACAGUAGAGAUUGCUGUUUUGAAAGCUACAAAUCAUGUUAGCCAAAAAUACCAGAGUAUGCACCAGUUCUGGCAGGUGCAUUUUUUUUCAGCUAUUUUCGGAGACUCAGGUUUUUAUUGAGAUAUUUUUACUGGUCCCCCUUUGAUAAGGGUGAGUACGGGGAAGAGUUUUAAGUAUGUUUUGUCUAGGUAAUACGCUGAUUGCAAUUCUGUCUUCUCCUUAUUUGUUAUUGUUUUAGCUGACUUACCUUUUUUCUGUAACAAAGAAAAAAUUCUGCGUUAUGGAAGUACCUCUAGUAAUGGUGAGUGCAUCGAAUACAGGCUUCCUGCAAAGAGUUUUUUGGCUUUUGUGUAUUGAAAGCGUGGCAAUUUUUAGAAAUUCUCAAUUAGGUAAUCCUUUUUCCUGAAGUUGAUUUAGAUGUGUUUCUUACAAAAGAAUCCACAGAAACACAUUGUUUAAGAUUUGAAAGAAAAGUAUUUCAUUUUAUGGUCACAUGUUCUUUAGGCACUUUGGGUUGGUAGAAUAGAGCAAUUGAUUAAUAUUGACUCCUGUACAAACCCUGAACUUUAGUGCGUGCCCAAAGGCUUACAUUGCAGAAGUGAAUAUAUAAUGACAAUGUCCUUUUUCAUUUCUACCUUCAGGAUUGUGCUGCUUCUAUUCUAUUGUUGGCUCUGAAUAGAGAGUACAACUAACAUCUCUUUUGCAGUUUACCUGCUUAAUGUCUAUGAGAAGUCGAGGUGUACCAAAAAGAUUUUUUUUGUGGAAGGGUUGCAUAGCUUAAAUGAGUAAUUUUUUCCUUUCUUGUUAGCGAGACACAAAUAAUUAAGAUCAAAAGUAGACUAUAUCUUUACUGCAUAUAAAAAGAAAUAGGAAUCCAGGCUUUAAAGCACAAUAGUCAGAUUUUUGAAAUGCGUGUCCUUUGAGGAAAAUAAAAUGUGCCGGGAGCUCUUAAGUGGUUGUAUGGACUAUAGAAAUUGCAGUCAAUCAAGCUUUGCUGAAGCAAAAGAAAAGAAACUGUAACAAAGUGUGUGGUAAAAAGAAAAGAAUGCAAGGAAGGAAAAAACCUAAGGUGUUGAGCACUUGGGAAUAGGAAAAAGAUGAACACAAUCUAAAAAAUGUGGGCAGGAAUAAGAAAUGAUGGUUGGAGAGGAGAAGAACAGUAAGAAAUGAUUUUUUUUUUUUUAAUUAGAAUGCAUAAAACUAUGUAAUAUGUCAUUCUCUUUAUUUUAACAACAUGCAAAUAGUUGGGUGAUUCCUCCCUCCCACCCCUGGCAAAAACUUAGAUUUUUUUUUUUUUUCUUCCCUGUAAAAUCAGUGCCUCUGUUUGACUGUUUACGAAUAUGAUACUCAGUCUUGCAGGUAUAAACCUAUUUGUCCUCUGAAAAUUGAGUCGUACUGCUAAGGGUGAUGGUGUACUCUCAGUCUGGAGCUUUGUUGGUGAGGUAUGUAUUUGGUGAGUGGAGGGUGAGUAAUUUUAGUUGUGGAAAUGGGAGCUGGAGUGAAUUAAAGAGAAAAUGGAUUGAUUCUUUCAGCCAGAAAAUGAUUGAAACACUAUACUAAAAAGAAGGUGCAGUGAUCCAAGGUCUACAGAAUUCUUGCAGUGGAUUGUCAUGUCAGUCUGUAUUUUUCGGGUUGCUUAAAUGUUUGUGGCUAAGCAAGAUUUCUAGUCAAACCAUCACAUUCUGAAAAGGGGUUAAAGAAAACAUUCAAAGCAAAAUGUGGGAAGGAGGUGCAUUUUUGAAAUACCACAGACAGAUACUAUAACAGAUUAUAGUAGAUAGGCAGAAAAUUGUUCUAUCCUAUAUCACACAAGGCUCUUGAGGACAAUUUCUUUGUAAAUCAAAGCCAUCAAUUAAAAGGUUUUUGUUACUUUUUGUAAGUGUUACGCUAACAGUAAGCCUGGUCAAAUUUUUGUAUUUUCAGCGUUCGUAGUGCUGUUGUGGGGAGGAGGCGUCUGUUAAUAGGGGAAUACAGCUCCCCACUCAAGGAUACAUUUGAUUUUAAAUACAGUCUAAAUUUUGGUUAUAAAAACUUGUGAGGCUGUGAUCAGCUGCUUCAAAUCUGAAGACAGAAGGAAAAAAAAAAAUGUGAUGGUGUAUAAAUGAUGUAAUAUAAAGGGUUUUUUUUUGUAAGUUUCUCUUCAAGAUGAUGAAGAACUAUGUGAGAAGAAGUGUUUGAAAAAUGUUGGAAGCAUUUGGAAAGCAUUUUGGCUAUUGCCAAAAUUGUAUUAAAUCUGAAAGUCAACAGGGAGGAUUUUCACUGGUGGUAGGACUUUCAAAGGGCAAUCUCAAAGUUGAAACAUUUUUCGAUGCAGCAUUUUCAUGAAAUGGUGUGCUCUUCCCCUCCGUCCUGACGCGUUUUGGUGUAUUGGCUUUUUCAUUCUGUGUUUUGGUUACUUCAUGUUAGCGUGGGGGGAGUCAUUUUGAUUAGUGAGGUGUAGACAUUUAAAUACUUCUCUGCAUAUGUCCUUUCUUUUGUAAUUAUACUUGAAUUCGGUACAUCCUGUAAAAUGUCUGGAAGUUGUAAUUAUUCAGUAAAAUGUUCCAUAGCCGGUAAA